UCAAUUUUCACAGCCCUUGGUUUCGACCAUCACAUAGACGACCCACUUUCUUCUUAAAAAAACUCUCUCUUUCCGUUUUUCAUCGUAAUAUGUCAAAUGGAACUGUAAAUGCAACGACGGGGAUUGAAUCCCGUUUCGCUGAUCUUGGCUUGAACAAGUCCGCUUAUGUUCCUCCGCACAUGCGGAAUACGCAGCAGCGGGCUGCUUCUUCCCCUUCUUCCCCUUCCCCUGCUCAAGGGAACGGCUGGGCUGAUUCCCGCUCCUCGACCCCGUCUGCCCGGGGCAGCUUCGGUGGAUCGAACGGCUAUGGAAGCCGCACGACCUCUUUCAACAAUUCUCGCGGAGGAGGCAACUGGGGUGGCAACCAGAGUCGCGGCGACUGGAACUCCCAGUCCGCCCCCCAGCAACGGGACAACUUUGGAUACGGCUACUGGAAGGACGGCAAGCAUGUCGUCGGCCAGCGCAACAUGCGCAUGGAGAAGGAGCUCUACGGCGAGCCGGACGACCCCUCCAAGCAGCACACCGGUAUCAACUUCGAAAAGUAUGAUGACAUUCCAGUGGAGGCGACCGGAUCCCGAGUUCCGGAGCCGGUCAACGAGUUUGCCUCCCCUCCUCUCGACCCGGUCCUUCUCGAGAACAUCGGUUAUGCUCGCUACACCAACCCUACUCCGGUCCAAAAGUACUCUAUCCCUAUCGUGGCAAACAGCCGAGACUUGAUGGCUUGCGCGCAGACUGGUUCCGGAAAGACCGGUGGAUUUUUGUUCCCCAUUCUCUCGGCCUCAUUCACCGCUGGUCCUCGUCCUCCCCCUGAGCAGCCCCAGCAGAGCGGAUACCGUGCCCGCAAGGCCUACCCCACUGCGCUUAUUCUUGCUCCCACCCGUGAGCUCGUGUCGCAGAUCCACGAGGAGGCCCGCAAGUUCGCUUAUCGGUCCUGGGUUCGGCCCGCCGUCGUCUACGGUGGAGCAGACAUCAACCAGCAGCUUCGCUUGAUCGAGCGUGGUUGCGAUCUGCUCAGUGCGACACCGGGUCGUCUGGUCGACUUGAUCGAACGUGGCCGCAUCAGUCUUGCCAAUAUCAAAUACCUCGUGCUUGAUGAGGCCGAUCGUAUGCUAGACAUGGGUUUCGAGCCUCAAAUCCGGCGCAUCGUGCAAGGCGAAGACAUGCCCGGCGUCCACGACCGUCAGACGCUCAUGUUCAGUGCCACUUUCCCACGCGACAUUCAGAUGCUUGCCAAGGAUUUCCUGAAGGACUACGUUUUCCUUAGUGUCGGGCGUGUCGGUAGUACCUCGGAGAAUAUCACGCAGAAGAUCGAGUACGUCGAGGACCAGGACAAGCGCAGUGUCCUCCUCGAUAUCCUCGCAUUGGACGGCAAGGACAUUGGCCUGACCCUUAUCUUCGUCGAGACGAAGCGGAUGGCCGACAUGCUGAGUGACUUCCUGAUGAACAACAACAUCGCCGCGACCUCGAUCCACGGUGACCGCACCCAGCGCGAGCGUGAGAUGGCUCUGCAGACCUUCCGUAACGGCCGCACUCCCAUCCUGGUUGCCACUGCUGUCGCCGCUCGUGGUUUGGACAUCCCCAACGUGACCCACGUGGUGAACUACGAUCUGCCCAGCGACAUCGACGACUACGUGCACCGAAUUGGUCGUACCGGUCGUGCGGGCAACACCGGUGAAAGCACGGCCUUCUUCAACCGCAACAACAGGAACAUCGUGCGGGACCUGGUCGAGCUCCUGCGUGAGGCCAACCAAGAUAUUCCGGCCUGGCUAGAGGCGAUCGCACACGAGGCCUCGUUCGGUGGUGGCUCUUACCGUGGCCGAGGCCGUGGUGGAUCACGCGGUUCUAGCCGCGGCGGUCGCGACUACCGGACUGGUGGAGGUGGAGGUGGAAACUACAGCAGUGGCGGCGGCGGAGGUUACGGUGGACGCGCUUCAUCGUACGGAGGUGCCUCUGCCUAUGGCGGAGGAGGAGGUGGUGGAGGCUUUGGCGGCAACUCUGGCGGCAGCGGCGGAGGUUGGUGGUAGACGUCGACCGCAACACUCGACUGUCGCCAAACCCCACCACGACCUACAUGCCUUUUUUCCUCCAUGUCUUAUGCCUUCGCCCUCUACAGAACUUCCACUCAGAAAAUUCAAAAAACACAUACAUAACGAUCCUGCGUUUGGACCCACAACACGAUCAUGCCUGGUGCGCUACUUGUCACGUCUCGUCUCGACUAUUGUUUCCUUGGAAGCUGUCCUCUCCUUCUCAUCGUCUGCCCGCUACUUUAUAUGCACUCUAAUCCUGCGAUUGGACUACUGGGCGAUAUUUGGAGCACUUGCCAGCCUGGCCAAGAGUCUGGCGUCAGUCAUCGCGAUACAACUUACCUUUGCUUACUGCUUUUGCUAUACCCCAGAUGUAUUGCACUGUAGACUGAUUCCCAACCACUCAUAGACACGAACCGAUACGAGACAUUUCCAUAUUGCAUUAUACUAGUAGAGCAUCUCACGCAUAGCACCAUCUUGUACUUUUAGGUCCACACGCAUUUCUUCUCUUCUGUAGCAGGGUGUACUAUACAUGUUUUAUAAUCCAUCCGAUUCGUUUUCAA